AUGUCUCGGUACUACCGCGAAGGUCUCUCACCCUUUGCCUCCCAGGACGGCGGCGGCGCACCGCGGGUGACGGAAGACGACUUUAGCUACAUCACUUCCGAAGACUUGGAGCACUCGCUGCAAGUACCAGCCCGGAGCUACGACCCAAAGAGCCAGCCACCCUCGAGUGCCAAAGUCGAUGAUGAUGUUCUUCUGAUCAAGAACAAGGCUACCAUAUAUCCCGUCCACUUUCCCGCAUACUCGAUCGGCGAUGGCAAGCUCUACGUACGGGAUGUGCGCGACCGGGUCGGUAUGGUCAUGGAGGUCGGUCCCAAGCAAACAAGGCGUAUCAAGAUGCUCUACAAGGGCCGACAACUAAAAGACGAAGACGUGCCGAUCCGCGCAUACAACGUCAAGAACAACAGCGAGAUCCUGGUCGUUUUGCCGGAAGGCGGUGUUUCAGACGACGAGUCCGAUAGCAGCGAGGAAAUCGUCGUUGCUGAUUCCCGAGACGGGCAGCCGACCAAGAGCAAGGGCAAGAGCAAGAACAAGCGGGGAAAGAAGAAGAAGAGCCGAAGCCCACGCGAGGGGAGCAGUCUCGACAUACCAGGAGCUGGGGCGGACGGCAGGAGAUCAGACACGGAGGAAUCGAGACAACCCAGCAGAAUGCCCACGCCGCCGCAGGUGCCCAGCGGGGCAUUGGAGAAGCUGCAGGCCAUCUCGUCGCAUUUCAACACCAAGCUGCUGCCGUUAUGCGUCGAGUUCUCUGCCAGUCCGCCAAAAGACAAGAAAAAAUGCGAGGACGAGCACAGGAAAAUCAGCGAAACGAUCAUGCAGCAGGUGAUGCUCAAGCUGGACGAGGUGGACACGGGGGGAGAUCCGGACAUCAGAGCCAAGAGGAAGCAGCUGGUCACUCAGGUGCAAGACGUGCUAAACGGUAUCGACCGGCAUCUGCCGGAGGGUUCUACGAAACCACAACUGUAUUAA